AAAGGAGUGGAUUUCCAGUGAUUGACGAUGGAGGCGAUAGACUUGUCAUUUCUCUCGGAGGUGGAGAGGGACUUCAUCAUUCGGGUUCUCCAGCGAGAUGAGGAACUGCGGAAAGUGGAAGAGAGGAGAAUUAGGCGUCUGAAGAAUGAGCUGCUAGAGAUCCGGAGGAAAGGGGCCAAGAGGGGCAGCCAGCGGUACAGCGAGCGGACCUGCGCUCGUUGCCAGCAGAGCCUGGGCCGGGUCAACCCCAAAGCCAACAUCUGCCGGGAUUGCAAUCACCUGGUUUGUCGCGACUGCCGCUCCUACGACGCUGACAGCUGUUGGCGCUGCAAAGUUUGUGCCAAGGAGGCGGAGCUGAAGAAAGCCACUGGAGACUGGUUCUAUGACCAAAGGAUGCAUCGCUUUACUCCUCGUCUGGGCAGUGACAUCAUCCGGAUGUCUCUUCGGCGCAAGCCACAGGCUAACAAAAGAGAGACAACAAGUCAAGUGCUUCUUCAGAAAGCUCAACGCAAGGAUCCCAAAAGUAGUUCUGAAGUGCCCUCGAAAAGUCCCCAGCAGCAACGCAAGGAGCACAGCUUGAUCUCUGAUUCCUCUGAGCUACGGGAUCCAAAAAGUGACACAGAAUCAACUGAGAAUAUGAGUUUGGAUGGCUUGCGCCCAGCCUCUGGUGCCACCUCCACUCGAUCUAGCCCUCGACAAGAGAAGGCGAACACUCUCAGCCCACCGGCGUCCAAGGUCUCCAGCCUAACCCUUCCUGCUGGCUUUAAGGAGAAUCCCCACUCCGAUUCAGAUAGUGAAGCACUUUGGGGGACUGCGGUUUCAGCAGAUGAAAACGAAGUCUUGUUCAAAAAAAAUCCAAGGAGAAUCCAAAGGCCGUCAGAAUACACGAAGUCUGUGAUUGAUCUCCGACCAGAAGAUGCAGUCGGUGAAAGUGGAGUUCUGGGGGACAGAAGCAAGUCAGUCCCAGGCCUCAAUGUCGAAGCGGAGGAGGAGGAAGAAGACAUAGAUAGCUUAGUCGAAAUUCAUCGGAGAAGGGCGGGCCGAAAUAGCGUGCGCAGUGGUACAUCUUUGAGCACCCUGGGAAGCAUGGUCAGCAUUUACAGCGGGGCCGGUGACUUUGGCAACAUCAGCGUCACGGGAGAGAUUGCUUUCUCCUUGAGUUACGAAGAAAAAACGCAGGCCUUUUUUAUCCACGUGAAGGAGUGCCGCCACCUGGCAUAUGCUGAUGAAGCCAAGAAGCGGUCCAACCCAUACGUGAAGACAUACCUUUUGCCAGACAAAUCUCGUCAAGGCAAGCGAAAAACUACCAUCAAACGUAACACCAUCAAUCCCCUUUACAAUGAGUUGCUAAAGUAUGAGAUCCAGAAGUCUCUUCUGUUGACCAGAACUUUACAAUUCUCCGUUUGGCAUCAUGACCGCUUUGGACGGAAUCACUUCUUGGGAGAGGUGGACAUCCCUAUGGAUGCCUGGAACUUCGACAGCCAUUUGGAAGAGUGUCUUCCCCUACAUGGAAAGAACCUUGGAGAAGCUUCUUCUUCUUCUUCUCCUUCUCAGUACAAAGGCGACUUAGUGGUGUCCUUGAAGUUCAUCCCACCAGCUAAACAUCUCGGUGCAGGAAACGGGAAGAAAGGCAAAAAGGAAGAAGGCGGUGAACUUCAGGUCUGGAUCAAAGAAGCCAAGAACUUGACUGCGGCCAAAUCCGGCGGGACGUCGGACAGCUUUGUCAAAGGGUGUUUGCUCCCUCUGAAGAACAGGGCUACGAAGAAGAAAACCCCCGUGGUGAAGAAGAGUCUGAACCCGCACUACAAUCACACGUUGGUCUACAAUAACAUCUUUGCAGAACAGUUGUCCCACAUCUGCCUGGAACUAACAGUGUGGGACCGAGAGCCUUUGUCCAGCAAUGAUUUCUUGGGCGGCGUCCGGCUUGGAGUUGGCAAUGGAAUGAGUAACGGCCAGGCAGUGGACUGGAUGGAUUCCACAGGUGAGGAGAUAAACCUGUGGCAGAAAAUGCGCCAGUACCCGGGAUCCUGGGCAGAAGGGACCCUCCCUCUUCGGGCCACCAUGAUCAAGACGAAGCCAUAAUUUUGUCCCUCCUUGCUUGGACAAAUCAAAAAUCUGAGGGU